AGGCUGAUAACUUUGACACUGCAAAAUGCUUUCUUUCUGAAUUAUGGUUGAUAAUAAACCUGUGCCUGAUGACACAGGUUGUGCAGAUAACUUUGUCCUGAAUCCUAAGACAUAACUAUUGCUAAGCUCUGUUUAACAUCCACAGAGGCACAGAGUAGCCAAAUUGAUUUCAAUUUGAUGAUAGUUAUUGUGGCCAUUCAAAUAAUUUGUCCUUUUUAUUGUUCUAGAAAAUUGAUUAGAUAAAUGAAACAAUGACAUUGUGUCAUCUCAAACGUCACCAAAAAAAAUGGCUUCCCUCUAAUAAAUCCCAGAUAGCCAUUUUCCAUUCUCCAUAUCACACAAUCUCACACUGUUGAUUGCUGAAAGCCUAAAUCCACCACAAGAAAAAAGAACCUAAAAAGGCUACUUCUUUACAAUGGAAAACUGUCAUUUUCUUGUUGUUACAUUUCCAGCCCAAGGCCACAUCAAUCCAACCCUCCAAUUCUCCAAACUCCUAGCCAAAUCCGGUGUUAAAGUCACCUUUGCAACGAGUUUUGCCGCCAUUGUUCGCAUGAACAAGAUUGAAGUCUCCUUACCAAAGAAUUUGACCAUUGUUCCAUUCUCAGAUGGUUAUGAUGAUGGCUGGGCUUCUGUCCAAGAUUUCAGACAUUACUAUACUACUCUGGUAACAAUUGGGUCCAAAAACCUGGAAAAACUCAUCAUGGAGCAAGCAAAAGAAGGACAUCCAGUUACUCAUGUUGUUUACAGCACUUUAAUGUCCUGGGUUGGUGAACUUAUCCAGAAACUGAAGAUUCCAUCAACACUUCUCUGGAUUCAACCAGCUGCCCUGUUUGUUAUAUACUACCACUAUUUCCAUGAGUACGGUGAAAUUAUUGGUGAAUGUGAUGAGACGAAUUCGAUAAUCGAAUUACCCGGGCUGCCGCCGUUAACUAGCAGAGAUCUUCCCUCUUUCUUACUCAAAUCCAACCCUGAUAUUUACAACUUUGCUCUGCCGUCAAUGAAGAAACAUUUUGAGGUACUUGAAAAGAAUCAUGGCGAUCGUCCCACUAUUCUUGUUAACAGUUUUGAUGGUUUAGAGGUGGAAGCAUUAAGGGCUGUUGAGAAAAUCAAAUUUGUUGCAGUUGGGCCUUUGGUUCCUUCAGCUUAUCUUGAUGGGAAAGACCCUUUUGAUGCAUCAUUUGGAGGUGAUUUGCUUCACAGUUCUAAUGGAGACUCUGUAAUUGAGUGGCUAAACUCAAAGGAUAAGAAUUCUGUGGUUUAUGUUGCAUUUGGGAGUUACUCUGAGUUGGGAAUGAAGCAAAUGGAAGAAAUUGGAAAAGGGUUGUUGCAGAGCAAGAAGCCAUUCUUGUGGGUGAUUAGAAAAGCCAAAAAUGGUGAGAAAUCAGAGGAUAAAUUGGGGUGCAGAGAUGAGUUGGAGAAACAGGGGAUGAUAGUUGAAUGGUGUUCACAAGUUGAGGUUUUGUCACAUUCUUCAGUGGGGUGUUUUCUGAGUCAUUGUGGUUGGAAUUCUUCAAUUGAGAGCUUGGUUUGUGGGGUUCCAGUUUUCGGUAUUCCUCAAUGGACUGAUCAGACUACAAAUGUGAAACUGAUUCAAGAUGUUUGGAAGACUGGGAUUAGGGCUGUGGCUAAUGAAGAAGGGAUUAUUGAGGCUGAUGAGAUUAGGAGAGGGUUAGAAAUUGUUAUGGAAAGUGAAGAGAUGAGAAAUAAUGCUGCAAAAUGGAGAGGCUUGGCUAUUGAUGCUGCUAAAGAUGGUGGGUCAUCCAAUGUUAAUCUUAAGGCUUUUGUUGAUGAGGUUCAAGCUGCAAGUAGUGCUGAAAAAAUGUAGUUAGUAGUAAAAUAGUUAACGUAAUGAUUGUACCUUAUGUAUUUCUAAAGGUCAGAAAUUGAAUGAGAUUUUAGUUCCUCGUCAAUAUGAUGAUUUGUCUAUCUCGUAUACUAUUAUGUUUAGAUUGUUUUUUUUAAUGUGUGUUUUUAAGUAUUUUUCCUAUUGGAAUGUGAAAAAAAGUGUAUUAGAAAUGUAAAAAAGAUAUGAUGC